UUUUUUUUUUUUUAGGUGGCUUAAAAGUUGAGAAUAAAUCUAAAAUUUUUUCUUGAACAUUAGAUAUUCUCCCUCUUUUCCCCUCAUAGUAGAAUCAUGACCGGUGCUUCCAGAACCUACUCCAAGACCUACAAGGUCCCUAAGCGUCCUUUCGAAUCCGCUCGUCUCGAUCAAGAAUUGAAGUUGGUCGGUGAAUACGGUCUCAAGAACAAGAAGGAAGUAUGGCGUGUUGGAUUGACUUUGUCCAAGAUCCGUCGUGCUGCUCGUGAAUUGUUGACUUUGGAUGAAAAGGAUCCUCGUCGUCUUUUCGAAGGUAAUGCCUUGAUUCGUCGUCUUGUUCGUAUUGGUGUAUUGACUGAAGACCGUAUGAAGCUCGAUUACGUUUUGGGUCUCAAGAUUGAAGAUUUCUUGGAACGUCGUCUCCAAACUCAAGUGUUCAAGUCUGGUCUUGCCAAGUCUAUCCAUCAUGCUCGUGUCUUGAUCCGUCAACGUCACAUCCGUGUUGGUAAGCAAAUCGUCAACGUACCUUCUUUCAUUGUCCGUUUGGAAUCCCAAAAGCAUAUUGACUUUGCUUUGACCUCUCCUUAUGGUGGUGGCCGUGCUGGUCGUGUCAAGAGAAAGCGUGCUGCUGCUGCUGCUGGUGGUGAUGCCGAAGAAGACGAAGAAUAAAUUCUAUAGUUCUUUUCUUUAUAAUAAAAAAAUAAAAUCACCUUUUUUUUUAUUGUU